AUGGCUCAUAUAGCCGAGGCUGAUAUCAGCUUUACUGACCUAAAGACCUUGCUCUUUGACAGCCCAUGUGCCUGGAGAAACAGCGACUCCGAAUCAAGUGACAGUGGUUUGGGAUCGCCCGACUCAUUAUCAGAGACGUUCACUUUUCCUCUCAAAAGGCAGCGCGAAGACUUGGAUGAUCAGGAAGAUUCUCCAAUCAAACGUUCAAGACAAGAGCUGAUAUCCUUGGAUUGGGAUUCCGAUGAAGAAGAAGAGAGAACGCGAUCUGCUGUGGAAAAGUUGCAAGCUGCUGACCAAAACCUUAUUGGUGAUGGCACAAGAGUUCAGCUACUAAUGAAAGGGCGCUUUCCCGAGAUUAGCGAGUAUCAGAUCGUUGACUGCAGGUACCCCUACGAAUUUGAGGGAGGACAUAUCCAAGGUGCCGCCAAUAUAUACACAGAGGAAGGCAUUUCAGAGCUUAUUAAACGCCCUGCUAGCCAACCGACAGUUUUGAUAUUCCAUUGUGAGUUCUCAUCCGAAAGAGGUCCUAAAAUGAUGCGUCACUUGAGAAGCGAAGACAGACAAGCCAACAGUCACCGUUACCCAGAGCUGUAUUAUCCCGAGGUCUACCUUCUGCAAUCUGGAUACAAGGCUUUCUUUAGUGAGCACAAGGAUAUGUGUGAACCCCAGACCUACGUUCCCAUGCUGCACGCUGAUCACGUGGACGAUUUGAAGCAGUUUCGGGCACGAUCCAAGUCGGGGACAGCAGGCCAGAAAAAGAUGGGAAGAAGUAGGCAAAGGAUGAGUCCCAUGUGCCUGGAGAAACAGCGACUCCGAAUCAAGUGA